AUAGAAGCCGGUGAGGUGGGGUAGACCGAGACACCGGGACUAACGCAGGACUCGACACCUAUUUGGAUUCAUCCAGGUGCAAAACCACGUUAUCUUUGGAAGGCAGAAAGCACUGGAGAAAAUGCUGAUUAAAGAAUUUCGAGUGAUCCUACCGAUUUCUGUGGAGGAGUAUCAGGUCGGGCAGCUGUACUCGGUAGCGGAGGCCAGUAAGAACGAGACGGGUGGAGGAGAGGGUGUGGAGGUGUUGAAGAACGAACCCUAUGAGAAGGAUGGAGAGAAGGGACAGUACACACACAAAAUCUACCACCUGCAGAGUAAAGUCCCGUCAUUUGUACGAAUGCUUGCACCAGCGUCAGCACUGAACAUUCAUGAGAAAGCUUGGAACGCCUACCCAUACUGCCGCACAAAUUUUUUGAACCUUUAUUUUUAA